UCCACUUUUCAAAAUUCUAUCCCCGCAAAGGUUGCUCUUUUUUCUUAACCGCUCCACCUUGUAUUCACUGCAUCUCUCUCUUAGGACCAACAAAAAGGCUCUGCCACACACAAAUACAAAGCCAUUCUUCAAUCUUUGCAACCCAUUUCACAUUUUCUCAUUCUCUUCCAAUAUUUUCUCUCACAUUGUUCUCUUCCAAUGGCUAGAGUGGGACAAGAAUCUGAUUUCAAACCCUGUUUAGUCACACAAAUUUGCUCCAUUUCAACACGUUCCAUUGCUUGCACUCAUAGACAAGGUUGCAGCCUUGUUAAAUCACCUUUCAUUGAUUGGUAUCACAUUCUUGGAGUGGAAGAAAAUGCUGGAACAGAAGUUUUGCGCAAGCAAUACCAUAAGCUUGCUUUGCAACUUCAUCCAGAUAAGAACAAGCACCCCAAGGCUGAAACUGCUUUCAAGCUUGUCUCAGAGGCAUAUACACGUCUCUCUGACAGUGCAAAGAGAAAAGCCUUUGAUUUAGAGAGAUGGAAAUACUUCUGCCUUGAGUGCAAUACAAUUCCCUAUACGGCUAGAACUUCCAGUGCUUCAAAACCCAAGGGGCGGAAUCAUACAAGCCAGUCAAGGUCUCACAAAAUUCUGAGAGGCCUGAACGACAUUAGAGAAAGAUUCAGAGAGGAGGCCAGGGUGAUACAGAACUGUUUGAAGACUACUGCAACAUCAAGGAAAGAAUCCCCUCUCUUCAAUCCACCCGACCAUUUAUUCCCAAGCAACCAAAAAACCCAAAAGGAAUCCCCAGUUUUCAAUCCAUCAGACUACUCAUUCCAAGGAGGCUAUCCUCAUCUUCGGACCCGACUCUGCAGGAAACCUGAGAACCAUUGGUACUUGCAGACAGGGAAUGUUAUGAAUUGUGAAAAAGGAAGCUGGAGGUAUGACACCCCAAUUUUUGAAGUAAGAUCAGAAGCUGCAAUUUUUAGAAGCAAAUCUGCUUGUGUGCGUUCCUAGUCUUAGGAAAAUAGGUGUGAUGUUGCCUAGGCAAAUAUACAAUGUAUUGUCUAAUAAGGAUCUUUCAAGUAUCCGGUUUUGAAUUUUCAAAGUGCCAAAAUUUUGACUGACAAACACUUGU